AUGCCAGGGUGGAGGAAGGCGUGGCUGUCGAUGCUGGACCGAGCCGGUAGCGGCGGCGGCGGCAGCAGCGGCUCCCUGCAGGCGCGCCUGCAGGGCCACCACUCCCCGUCCUCCUCGUCGUCCUCCCUCGCCAGCUACAAGCGGGGCGGCAAGUACGGCGCCGGCCACGUGAGCGGCAAGGCGGUGGUGGGCUGCUUCUCCGCCGCGCUCGCGCUCGCCUUCUUCUACGUCUCCGUCGCCGGCGGGCCGGCCGCCGACGGCUCCUUCCCCUCCCCGACCGCAUCGUCGUCCGGGACCCUCCUGUCGUGGCUGUCGUCGAACUCGUCCACGGCGGCGCCGAGGAAAUCUCUCCUCCCCCGCCCUCCCGUUCCUCCUGCGGUGACCGCGGGCGGCGCUGCUGAGCAGAGCGACGCGCGGAACGCGACAGCGGCGUCGCGCCGCGUGCACCAGAGCAGCGCGGUGGGAGACUCGCCGGCUUCGGAAGUCAGCUCGGGGCAAGUGACAUCGGUGACCGCGCAGGAUGCCGGAAACGCCACCCUCGGCUCCGAUGCCGAACCCGCCGGUAACGGCACCAGGGAAGAAGAGCCCCAAGUGGAAGCCGCGACGCCGAUCCUGCGAUGGCGAAGGAAAGACGGAGCAAGGCCUUCCAACAACGCCGUCGUCGGUGCCCCCGGUCAGACGGCGACGAGCACUGACAUCGCCACUGGCAACCCUACAGACAGCGUGGCUUCGAGCACGAGCAGAGAGGAGGUAACCGAGAACGCCGCCGGCGACAACGUGCAGACCUCGGCACGGCAGGCGGCUCUGCCAUCGCGGCCGGAGCGGAAGGAGGACAGGCACAGGCAAAGGAGAGCCGUGAGGCACAGGCACCCGAGGCGACGGAAGGAGAUCGUCCUCCCGUCGCACGAUCUCCUCGCUGAUCAGAACGACGGCGACACGGCUGGCGUCAGGGCAGCCAUGGCCGUCGGGCCAGGCAACGACAUGGCCGGCGUGAAAACCAGCAUGGUCGUCGGGCCAGGGAACGGCGUGGCCGCAGGCGUGAACGCCAGCAUGGGCGUCGCCGGCGCCGGCAACAACCGGGUCGUGUGGACGUCGGGCGUGCAGGACCUGGUUUCCUUCGCCAAGUGCGACGUGUUCAACGGGAGGUGGGUGAGGGACGAGAGCUACGGGUUCUACCCGCCCAAGUCGUGCACGCUCAUCGACGACGACUUCAACUGCCACAAGAACGGCCGGCCGGACAGCGACUACCUCAAGUGGCGGUGGCAGCCGCACAGCUGCGACAUUCCCAGGCUGAACGCGACUGAAUUCCUGGAGAGGCUGAGGGGGCAGAGGAUCAUAUUCGUCGGCGACUCGCUGAACCGGAACAUGUGGGAGUCACUGGUCUGCAUCCUUCGCCAUGCCGUCAGGGACAAGAGGAGCGUGUACGAGGCAUCAGGGAAGAACCAGUUCAAGAUCAGAGGAUACUACUCCUUCAAAUUCAGGGAGUACAACUGCUCGGUUGAUUUCAUAAGAUCGAUAUUCCUCGUCAAGGAGAUGAUCCGUGAGGGCACAAACGGUACUGAAGACGCAAAGCUGAAACUGGACGAGCUAGAUGCGACGACUCCGGCGUACCGGAGUGCGGACAUCGUCGUCUUCAACACCGGUCACUGGUGGACUCACUACAAAACGUCAAGAGGGCUGAACUACUACCAAGAGGGCAACCAUGUGUACCGCAGCCUAGAGGUUUUGGAUGCAUACAAGAGAGCUCUGACCACCUGGGCUAGAUGGGUCGACAAGAACAUCGAUUCGAGAAGAACCCAGGUUGUAUUCAGAGGAUAUUCACUAUCACAUUUCAGGGGAGGGCAGUGGAAUUCAGGAGGAAGAUGCCACACGGAGACAGAGCCAAUCUUCAACCAGACAUACCUUACUGAGUACCCUGAGAAGAUGGUGAUCCUGGAGCAGGUCCUGAGGCAGAUGAAAACUCCCGUGAUAUACCUCAACAUCAGCACACUCACUGAUUACCGAAAAGAUGGCCAUCCAUCAGCGUACCGAAGAUGGUACGGCACAGAGGAGGAACGGAUAGCGGCGGUGAAAAAGCAGGACUGCAGCCACUGGUGCUUGCCUGGCGUGCCAGAUACGUGGAACGAACUACUGUAUGCUUCGCUGCUCCAGGCAGGCAAAGGUUCCUGGAAGUUGUGAGAUGAUGGUUCCAGACAUUGUUAGGCUUCAUCUCUCUACAUGCCAAUGCAGAGAAAACAAUCACGAAGCUCCGGAGCUGUAGUUAUAAUUGGAUAGAAUUGCAAAUCUUGCGUUUGCAGUAGACCCAUUGCUAGGACAAAAUAAUCAUCAGAAGAAGGAUAAUCCUUUAGAAAUUUUUUGGUAGUUCAUGUACUGAUGUACAUAUGAGACGUCAAUAACUGAUGUAACAUGUCAAAUAGAUACUGGAAGUUGGGAAUUCGUACCA